AUCUAAGCCUUAUCCAGUCCAAGAGACCUCUCUCUCUCUCUCUCUCUCUCUCUCUCUCUCUCCUCCGAAGAAACGAAGAACAGAGAAGACUGCGGUGGCGAUAUUUUGAGUAUGGCGCUUCGUCUUCUCUGGAUUCCAUCAACGAUUUCGGGCGACGAACAUUGUUCAAGGAAGAGCACAGUGCAGAGAUGUUGUCAGACCAAGUUCUCUUCGUUUCUCUUCUCUACCUCCCUAGUCUCUCGUGUUUCAGAUAUUCUUCCUUUCACAGCAAAACCCAGAAGUAGAAGAAGAAGCAACUUCGUUGUCUUGCAUAUCUCCUCCUCUGCAAAUCAAGAGCAGCCUUUGUCUUCCUCUACUAUCACUACUGAAACAGGAACAGAUAAUGAAACACGAACAAGAUUGAUUGCUCAGAACGUACCCUGGACAUCCACUAUCGAAGAUAUCCGAAAUCUGUUCCAGAAAUACGGAACCGUCACAGAUGUUGAGCUCUCAAUGCAUGACAAGACCAGAAACAGGGGAUUGGCUUUUAUCACAAUGGGUUCACCAGACGAGGCAGUUGCAGCUCUAACUAAUCUCGACAAUUAUGAAUUUGAGGGACGAGUCAUGAAAGUAAACUAUUCCAGAUCAUUGAAGAAAAAACCUUCAGUGAAGCCAGAGCCAGUGACAAAGCAUAAUGUUUUUGUUGGGAAUUUGUCCCAGAAAGUAAGGUCCAGAGAUCUUACAGAGUUCUUUAGUUCCGGAAGCUGUAAUCUUGUCACCGUCCAGGUUAUAUACCAGAGUAAUCCAAGACGGCCUACUGGGUAUGGAUUCGUUGCCUUUGGAUCCAAGGAAGAGGCAGAGGCUGCUGUUUCUGUUUUUAAUGGAAAGAGUUGCUUCUGUUGCAGAAAUUGAUGGGUAGACCAGUCCGUUUGGCCCUCAGUAAAAGAAGUUUGAAAGAAGGAUUAGAAGAGGUAGCUUCUCAGUCUGAAGAACCAGAGAGCUGAGGAAAUAUGAGUAUGCAUCUAUUAGGGACAGGCAGCAUUUUCCCUCUUUCCCCCUUGCCUUAGAUGCUACUCCAUUGAGUAGGCAAGAGCUUUCAAAGUGCUUCAAAUUCGAUUAAAAACAUCCAACUUGUUUAUCAUUUACUUACAAAUUGAAUACGUUGUAAAGAUGGAGAGUUCAAACAAACAAUUUAAGUUCUACCGUUACCAUG